AACUCCACCAGGUACGGCGGUCACCAGGGGCGAACUCACUCCUACUCGCCCUCUGUCUUCGUCUUCUUCUGCGCUACCACGGGCUCCACAGGUGCCACGGCUGUCGAUGUCUUCCCCCUACGGCCGUCUAGAUGUAGGCCGGGUAUAUAAGCGGAAAUCGAGAGUGCGGCCGGACUGUUUAUAGUGCGCUCCACCGUGUCGCGCUCUCUCUCUCGUUCUCUCUGUCUUCCUAUAUCGGCGUCUCUGUCCCUGGAAAAGUGUCAUGGCGUCCCACGCGUCGACGGCGCUCGCUCUUCUGCUCGCUGUGGCGCUGAUGGCCUUCAACGGUCUUGCACAACAGACUGAAGAGACGGCACCCAAGAAAGAGGAGAGUUUCGAGGCUGAGCUGUGCAAAGACAAAGAUGCAGGGGAGUGGUUCCGAUUGGUGACUGGUGAAGGAGACAAUUGUCGUGACGUCAUCCAGUGUACAUCUUCAGGUCUGCAGGCAAUCCGUUGCCCUGCAGGUCUCUACUUUGACAUCGAGAAGCAGACCUGCGACUGGAAGGACUCAGUGAAGAACUGCAAGCUGAAGAACAAGGAGCGUCGAGUGAAGCCCAUGCUGCACACCGACAAACCCGUGUGCUCUGAGGGGGAGCUCUCGUGCGGGGACGGGCAGUGUAUUGAAAGGGGCCUGUUCUGUAACGGGGAGAAGGACUGUACUGAUGGUUCCGAUGAGACCACUUGUGACAUCGACAGUGAUCCCAACAGCGCCCCACCAUGUGACCCGACAGUUUGCAAUCUUCCCGACUGCUUCUGCUCGGAAGACGGUACUGCCAUCCCGAACGAUCUUCCAGCUAAAGACGUCCCCCAGAUGAUCACCAUCACUUUUGAUGACGCCAUCAACAACAAUAACAUCGGCCUUUACAAGAACAUCUUCAACGGCGAGAGGAAAAACCCCAACGGAUGUGACAUCAAAGCAACUUUCUUCGUCUCGCAUAAAUACACCAACUACUCGGCAGUACAAGAAAUGAGCAGAAAAGGCCACGAGAUUGCUGUACAUUCUAUUUCACAUAAUGACGAUGAGCAGUUCUGGUCGAACGCCAGUGUCAACGACUGGGUCAAAGAAAUGGGAGGAAUGCGCAUCAUCGCCGAAAAAUUCGCAAACAUCACCGACAACAGCGUGGUAGGAGUCCGUGCUCCAUACCUGCGAGUAGGAGGCAACAACCAGUUUACCAUGAUGGAAGAAGAAGCCUUCCUCUACGACUCCACCAUCACCGCACCGUUGACCAACCCACCACUGUGGCCUUACACCAUGUACUUCCGUAUGCCCCACAGGUGUCACGGUAACAUUCAGAGUUGUCCGACUAGGUCCCACGCCGUUUGGGAAAUGGUGCUGAACGAGCUAGAUAGAAGGGAAGACCCUGAGACCGAUGAGGAUCUAGCUGGAUGUGGCAUGGUAGACUCUUGCUCGAAUAUCCUCACCGGAGACCAGUUCUACAACUUCCUCAACCACAAUUUCGACAGGCAUUACAAUGAGAACCGAGCUCCGCUGGGUCUCUACUUCCACGCAGCUUGGCUUAAGAACAAUCCAGAGUUUUUGGACGCCUUCUUGUACUGGAUAGACGAGAUCCAAGCCAACCACAAUGACGUAUACUUCGUAACGAUGACCCAGGUCAUCCAAUGGAUCCAGAACCCCAGGACUAUCUCGGAGGCCAAGAACUUCGAGCCCUGGAGGGAAAAGUGUGUCGUUGAUGGAAUCCCUGCCUGCUGGGUACCGCAUACCUGCAAGCUGACCUCUCCCGAAGUUCCCGGAGAGACCCUGAAUCUCCAGACUUGCGUGAGGUGCCCCAAUAACUACCCUUGGUUGAACGAUCCCACGGGAGAUGGAGGUUUCUAAGACGAGUAGCUGAAUGUUCUUGGGGUAGUCUGAAUACAGUGGCGUGUCCUUGAAGGAUAGCUCUAGUGAUCAUACGUUCUCGUAUUUAUUUUUCUCAAUGACUGUAUGCGUGAUCUAUUUGUUGUUGUAAUUGAAAAACGAUUUUAGACUGUUGAUAAUUCGCUUGGGAAGAAAAGUGACUUUCACAUUUUAUGUAAUAUACACUCCUACUAGGUUUAUGUGAAAAUUGUGUAUUCUUGUAUGUUUUAUAAGAAUGGUGAAUAAAAAUUCCAAUGAUAUAUUUCGACACGU